GACGGUGUGGAACAUGUGGUAACAACAGAUCGGGAUCAAGUGUCUGUGGCCGGUGAUUUGUCCGGAUUGGUUUCACAAACCAAUACAUCCACCGGGACAACAAGUACCUCAUGUCCCGCCGGGGAUACGACGGGUGCAGGCACAGCGAUUGGACACGUGACUGUCACGCGAACCGGAUCCGGUGCAUCUGGUACCAGUGUGAUGAAUUUGGGCCUGAUGGAGGGCAAGCAACGUUGUUGUUUCAAACAUCUCUAUUUGCUCAAAUUGCACGAGAUCAAACGGUUUGAUCUGGAUCAUAAUGAUAUCGUGAUAAAGUCCGGUGCACAACAGGUGUUUUGUAUUGUAUUGACCAUCUUCAAACAAAUGCUUCUUAGCAAACAGCUAUUGAGUAGCUCAGUAUGA